UUGUGGUUGAUGGUAUUUAAUAUGUUAUCUAUAUCUAAUAAUUUUUUGGCUGUAAAGUUAUGAAAUUGCUUAGAUAGCUUUUUAUAAGUUGAUUAAAACAACAAGAUAAUCUUUCUCAAUUUAAAAAUCAUGAAACUGCAGUUUACUUUUAGUUGUGAUAUUGUAUAGUUUAGAAUGUGUGAUAUAAAUCCAGGUGAAGUUACUGAUAAGUUAGUGUUCUUUGUCAAUGGAAAAAAGAUAGAAGAUGAGCAUAUUGAUCCAGAAUGGACGCUUUUAUAUUAUCUUAGAAACAAAUUAAGACUAUGUGGAACAAAAUUGGGUUGUGGAGAAGGAGGAUGUGGAGCCUGCACUGUGAUGGUCUCCAAAUACGACAGGGCGAAACGGCAAGAAGUUCAUUUGCCAGUCAACGCCUGUCUUGCUCCAGUCAUGUCCAUGCACGGCCUGGCAGUCACAACCAUAGAAGGUAUCGGAUCCACAAAAACAAAACUUCACCCUGUACAAGAACGAAUCGCUAAGGCCCACGGCUCGCAAUGCGGUUUUUGCACGCCCGGUAUAGUCAUGUCAAUGUACACUCUCCUAAGAAACCUACCUAAACCGACUAUGAAAGAUAUGGAAGUGGCUUUUCAAGGCAACCUCUGCAGAUGUACGGGAUACAGACCCAUCAUCGAAGGCUACAAAACAUUCACAGAAGAAUGGGAGUUACAACAACAAAGCCAUAACAUGAACGGUAAUGGAGUACUAAAUGGAAAUAAGGGCAACGAAAUAACUAAUGGUUGUGCUAUGGGAGAAAAAUGUUGUAAGCUUCAGGAUAAGGGCGAAGAAGGCAACGAAGAAGUUCUUUUUAAAACCAGCGAGUUUACUCCUUACGAUGCUUCCCAAGAACCUAUUUUUCCUCCCGAAUUAAAACUGUCGAACCAGUACGAUAGUCAAUAUCUCAAAAUAAAUGGACCCAACCUUACUUGGCAUCGACCAACAACAUUACGGGACCUAUUAAAAUUGAAACAACAACAUCCACAUGCCAAAAUACUAGUGGGAAAUACAGAAAUCGGUGUUGAAGUUAAGUUUAAAAAUUGUCAUUACCCCAUAAUAAUCCAAAGCUCUCAAAUACAAGAAUUAGUUUCUUUACAAGAAACAUCUUCAGGCAUCAAAAUCGGUUCUUCAACCACGUUAACAGACAUUGAAGAAUAUCUAAAAGGGCAAAUUAAAAAACAACCAGCUUACAAAACAAGAAUAUUUUCUGCUAUAUUAGAAAUGCUUCAUUGGUUUGCUAGCAAACAAAUACGAAGUGUAGGAGCAUUGGGCAGUAACAUUAUGAAUGGUAGCCCCAUAUCUGAUUUAAUACCAAUAUUAAUGGCUUCUAAAGCGAGUUUGGAAAUAGCUAGCCAAGCCAGAGGUAAAAGAACAGUAUUGCUCGAUGAUAAAUUCUUUACAGGUUAUAGACAAUCUGUUGUUAUAGAAGACGAGAUAUUGUUAUCGAUUACCAUACCUUUUACAGAAGAAAAUCAGUAUUUUAAAGCCUACAAACAAGCACGGAGAAGAGAAGAUGAUAUAGCAAUCGUAAAUUUGGCAGUGCAAGUCGACUUUAAGUUAAACACAAACAUUAUUGAAAAUAUUUCGUUUGGAAUAGGCGGUAUGGCCCCUACUAUAGUAAACGCACCUCUAACAGAAAGUAAACUUAAAAAUUUAACAUGGGAUCAAAACACUUUAGAGUUGGCCUAUACUUAUCUUCUCCAAGAUUUGCCUCUAGAUCCAUCUGCCCCUGGAGGAAUGAUCAACUAUAGAAAAUCUUUGGUACUAAGCUUAUUUUUUAAAGCAUACCUAACAAUUCUCAAGCAUCUCUCCCAAAGCUUAUCCAAUAUAAAAAUAAAUCCACGCAGUUUAAGCGGCUUGGAGGGCUUUAAAGGAGGGGAGCUGAAAAGUUCUCAGUACUUUUCGAUUGUACCCGAAACCCAGAGUAAAACAGAUGCAGUACACAGACCUGUAGUACAUUUGUCAGCUUACAAGCAAGCUUGUGGAGAAGCGGUAUACUGUGACGACAUCCCUUAUUUCGAGAAAGAAUUAUACUUAGCAUUUGUUCUUAGUACUAAAGCGCAUGCUAGGAUAUUAUCAAUCGAUCCAUCGGAAGCUCUCAAAAUAUCAGGGGUGCAUGGUUUCGUUAGUGCAGACGAUUUGGAUGAGAAGAGAAAUAUUUGGGCUGAAUUUCAUGAUGAGAAAAUAUUUUAUUCCGAUAAAGUUACCAGUCAGGGGCAAAUUAUAGCUGCGGUAGUAGCAGAUAAUCAAACUAUAGCACAAAAAGCCGCAAAAAAGGUAAAAGUAAUAUAUGAAGAACUUCAACCGGUGAUAAUUUCGAUCGAGGAAGCUAUAGCCAGAGAAUCGUUCUUCGAUAAUCCUCAAACCUUAAAAAGAGGAGAUGUAGAUAGAGUUUUAAAAGAAUGCCCCCAUGUAAUUGAAGGAGAAUGCAGAAUGGGAGGUCAAGACCACUUCUACCUGGAAACUCAAGCUGUAAUAGUGGUUCCUCAAAAAGAAGAUGAUGAAAUAGAAAUAUACGCAUCCACUCAAAGCACAACAGAGUUGCAACAAUUUACUUCGCAUGCUUUGAAUAUUCCGCAAAACAGAAUAGCGGUAAAGGUCAAACGUCUGGGUGGGGGCUUUGGUGGAAAGGAAACUAAACCCACAAUGUUAGCCCUGCCUGUAGCAGUGGCUGCCAAAAAGUACAACAGGCCUGUUAGAUGCAUGUUAAAUAGAGACGAGGAUCUUAUAAUGACAGGGGGUAGGCACCCUUUCAAAUUUAUGUACAAAAUUGGCUUUGAUGAUGAUGGUAAAAUGCUGGCUUGUGAUAUGCGGAUCUAUGCCAACGCCGGAUAUUCCAGGGACAGAUCAAUAUACGUGGUUGAAAGGGCCAUUACUCACUUCGAAAAUGCCUACAAUAUACCAGCAAUCAGAGUUCUAGGAUACACUUGUAAAACUAAUUUACCAUCGAAUACAGCUUUUAGGGGAUUUGGAGGACCACAGGCCAUGUAUGCGGCAGAAUCAAUGAUGAACGAGAUAGCGGAAUAUUUGAAGAAAGAUCCAGCACAAAUAACUGAACUUAAUUUGUACAGGGAAGGAGAUUUUACUUAUUAUAAUCAACAAUUGAAUAAUUGCAGUUUGGAAAGGUGCUGGAGAGAAUGUAUUGAAGCCUCCGAUUAUUGGAAGAAAAAAUCCGAAAUUGAAAAAUUUAACAGGGAACAUAAAUAUAAAAAACGCGGUAUAAGCGCCCUUCCAAUAAAAUACGGAGUGGGAUUUAGCGCACCUUUCCUAAACCAGGCGGGAGCUUUAAUCUUGGUUUACACCGAUGGUACCGUGCUUUUAUCGCACGGUGGAAUUGAGAUGGGUCAAGGUUUAUGGACCAAAAUGAUCCAAGUUGCUAGUAGAGCUUUGGAAGUACCCAUUGAGUUAAUACACACCAGCACAACGGCUACCAAUACAGUUCCAAAUGCAACACAAACUGCUGCCAGUAGCAGUAGCGACUUAAACGGACCUGCUGUUAUUCAAGCUUGUGAAAAAAUUAAAGAACGCCUACGACCUUACAAGGAAAAACAUCCCGAAGCAGGCUGGCACGAAUGGGUCAAUAAAGCCUACUUCGACAGAGUCAGUCUGUCAGCUACUGGUUUUUACAAAACCCCCGACAUAAACUAUGACUGGGCAACUGGCGAAGGAAAUUUGUACAACUAUUUCUCAUACGGUGCUGCAUGCUCCCAAGUAGAAAUCGACGUCUUAACAGGAGAUCAUCAAGUAUUAAGGACCGAUAUCGUAAUGGAUUUGGGGAAAAGUCUGAACCCUGCAAUAGACAUAGGACAAAUAGAAGGGGCUUUCAUGCAAGGAUAUGGUUUAUAUAUGUUGGAAGAAAUGGUUUACCGACCAAAUGGCGAGACCUUCACCAGAGGACCUGGUACUUACAAACUUCCAGGAUUUGCUGAUAUCCCUCUUGAGUUUAACGUGUCACUGCUCAAAGGUGUAUCAAAUUCACGAGCAGUAUAUUCUUCCAAGGCAAUCGGUGAACCACCACUAUUUUCAGCCUGUUCUGUAUUAUUCGCAGUAAAAGAUGCCAUAAAGUCAGCAAGAGGUGAAUCGGGAAUUUCAGAAUCAUUCGAAAUUGAUGCCCCAUUGACAUCAGCAAAAAUAAGAAUGUUAUGUUUGGAUGACAUUACUUUAAAGAUGGAAAAUCAAAAACCAGGUAGUUUUGUACCAUGGAAUGUGAUAGCUUAAGUUAGUUUAAUAAACAUUUUUCAGUUUAAAACUGGUUUUAUUAUUUUUACACUAUUACAUACUAUAAUUUCAUUAGACACGUUUUUUCAAAAUCAAUAGUAUCGAUGGUUUUAUUUUUUUCAGUAUUUAGAAGAUAUCUCACUGCAUCU